UGAACAAAGUCCCGGUUAAUUCCGAAGAGACUGUCUCUCGAUUAAAUCUACAGCGUGAACUAAACACACGACGGAAUGCAAGAGCAUUUUCAUUUUGGAUUUACUCGAACCGCAGCCAGUUAUUCCAUGACUCAUUCCGGCGAUUCUGUCAUCUCAGAAAUAAGAUGCUCUUCGCCUCAUAUAAAUAAACCCCACCGAUGCUCGAGCUGCACCGACAACCGACUCUCACAAACGAGGUAAUUUCCGGAGGACACCGACUGAGGCUAUACGUUUAUUCAGAUUACAAGGGAGUUUGCCUCAAUGAAGCUGCACGUGCUGCUCGCUGCUGUGUCUCUCGGUGUCUUCGUCUCGCUUUCUGGAUGCGCUCCCGGACACACGAACACGCAGCUGCCGGUUCUGAUGCGCUUAGGAGAGGAGUACUUCAUCAGGCUGGACAACGCUGACCGGAGAUCACCGUCACGCACCGAGGCGCUUCAGCUGCAGCUCACGCAGCUCGGUCGUGUCGGUAACGGGAUCAUGAACAGCCUCGAGGAGCGGGAGCGCCGGUCGGAGGAUCCGCCAAUUUCGCUGGAUCUGGCUUUUCAACAGAUGGCGCGAGCCGAACAACUGGCUCAGCGCGCGAGGAACAACCGCAAGAUUAUGGACAAUUUAGGAAAAUAAUACAUGAUUUACAUUAUAUGUACACGCAUGUUUUUAUUUUCAUUUCUAAAGUGACAAUGUUCAGAGUUCUGAAUACUUUGUGUUUAGAGUCUUUUUGUAGUAGGCCUUUUCCUUUGUCUUCCUUUUAAGUUAUUAAGAAACCGGCAUCUCCUCAGUAUUAACAUAUACAAAAGACAAGAUU